GACGGAGGCAUCCAUAGAGAGCUCGUGCGGCCAUCCUCCGCCUCACUACUUCCAUAACCACAUUUCAACAUGACAUAAGAAGACAACCCCGGCUCAGACGCUCACCCUUCUUGUUAGACAGCCCUGGCAGCAUCGGUGCUACCAAUUUCCCACUGAAAAACAAAACCAAGGGGGAAAAAUCCCCCUUGUUCCCCUGAAACCCCUCCCUUGUACUUCUCUUCACCCGUUCCCGGGAGCUAAGUUAAUUGCUAGCGAAAUAAAGGGGGGUUACUCGUUUCUUCCCCCUUUUUUCUUUUUUACUUUCUUUUCUUUUUUUUAAAUUCGGGGAUCCGCAUGGAUGUGUCAGCGGCUGAGGGGAUGUCUCUGCCGGGUAUCCGACUCCUGAAUCGGCCGACGCAAGUGAUUCCGAAGCAGAAGAGGGUCAAAGCGAAGCGGAAAAUGCGAAAGGAGUUGGUUUUAAUCCAGAUAUGCUUGUUCGGCGGCUUGCUUCUGUUCGUGAAAGGGUUUUCCUACUUAACGGAAAAUUCAGGUUUUGACGUCUCCAGCCAGACCAGCGAGGAACAGGAGACAUGGGGAGGAAGAAGGCUACUGCAGGAAAUGGACAACAACAGCUUGGAGGAAAUAGAAAGUGAAGAAACUAAGAACUGCACUGCUCCAGCUCUGCAAGAGUUCCCUACAGACCUGUUCACAAACAAAGAGAGAACAGAAGGAGCUGUGGCCCUGCACAUCUUGUGUACCAUUUACAUGUUCUGUGCCCUGGCUCUUGUUUGUGAUGACUACUUUGUCCCCUCCCUGCAAAAGAUAUGUGAGCAUCUCCAUCUCAGUGAGGACGUUGCUGGUGCCACCUUCAUGGCCGCUGGCAGCUCUGCUCCUGAGCUCUUCACGUCUGUCAUAGGGGUGUUCAUCACCAAAGGUGAUGUGGGUGUGGGGACCAUCGUGGGCUCAGCUGUCUUUAACAUCCUCUGCAUCAUCGGAGUGUGUGGCUUCUUCGCCGGCCAGGCAGUGAAGCUCUCUCACUGGGCUCUACUCCGAGAUUCCAUUUAUUACACAUUUUCUGUCACUGCCCUCAUCGCGUUCAUCUACGAUGAGAAGGUGUGCUGGUUUGAGUCUCUUGUCCUGAUUCUCAUGUAUGCAGUCUACAUCCUCAUUAUGAAGUUUAACGGCAGGGCACAUCGCUACUUUGACCAUCGAAAGAAGAGUUCUGUGACUCUGGCCAAUGGGCUGACAGGAAGCACUGACCUGGAGGAUGUCACAUGUGAUGCCACAUUGUGUUAUUUUUUCCUAGCUAACUUCCACUGUAAACCCUCUGUGCUGAUGGUGGAUGAGCUGCUGUCUGCAUAUCCCCACCAGCUGUCAUUCUCUGAGGCCGGCAUGAGGAUCAUGAUCACCAGUCAUUUCUCCCCCAGAACCCGCCUCACCAUGGCUUCGCGCAUGCUUAUCAAUGAGAGACAAAGACUGAUCAACACUACAGAGACUCGAGUCAACCGCAUCACCAAUGGUGACUCAGAUUCAGCAGUACGGGCCCAUGGGAGACGGGGCUUAGGGAAUGGGAUGAGUGGCACUGAACGAGAGGGUCUGAACGGGAGGUGCAGGCUUCAGCGACUGGAGUCUGGGAAUGAGACAGAGAAUGAAAAUGAGGAUAAUGAGAACAAUGAGAAUGACGAGGAAAGAGCUGGGGGUGAUGAAAAUGAAGGCCCCCUGGUGCCUUUUAAAGUCCCAGCUGGGGCGUGCAACAAGCUGAAGUGGCUGGCUAUGUGGCCGCUGUCCCUGCUGCUGUUCCUCACCGUGCCAAACUGUGCCAAGCGGCGCUGGGAGAGGUGGUUCAUGGUCUCCUUCUUCACCACCACCAUCUGGAUCGCUGGCCUCUCAUACAUCAUGGUCUGGAUGGUGACUGUGAUCGGCUUCACUCUGGGCAUCCCUGAUGUCAUCAUGGGCAUUACCUUUCUAGCAGCAGGCACCAGCGUCCCAGACUGCAUGGCGAGUGUUAUUGUGGCACAGCAAGGUCUAGGAGACAUGGCCAUCUCCAACUCUAUAGGCAGCAAUGUGUUUGACAUCCUGGUGGGCCUGGGCCUGCCCUGGGCUCUGCAAACACUCUGCAUCGACUAUGGCUCCAUCAUCCAUCUGAACAGCAGAGGACUCAUCUUCUCUGUGGGACUCUUAUUAGCCUCAGUAUUCUUCACAGUUCUCUGUGUCCAUUUAAACAAAUGGACUCUGGAUCGGCGACUGGGCUUGGUCUGCCUUGUCAUGUACGCCAUCUUUUUAUGUUUCUCCAUCCUCAUCGAGUUCAAUGUUUUCAUCUUCGUCAACCUUCCCAUGUGCAGAGACAUCCACUGACCUCCCUCCUCUUCUUCUUCUACUACUUCCUCUGGCUGUUGGAGGAAACCUCACCUGGCUUCCAGUUUCUUGGUGCCUGGAAACCAAGUCCUCCCUUUUAUUUUUUCAAAUAGAAAUCUAGAGCUCUGUAGGAUUUGUCUUUGGUGCAAUACACGAGAGAGAGGACGCCGGAGGUUUGUGGUUUUGGGGGACCGGACAAGAGGUGUGAAGAGAAAGUCCCAGUAGCAGAGAUGGCUGCUGAUCAUCUAGUAGACCAAACGGUUGGCUGAAGUGACUCUAACUGUAUUAACACCGACAGUUAGGCUACUGUUGUUGAAGAAGCUGCUACUGUCACUGACUGAUGAGUGGAGGAACGAGGGAAAUCCUGCUCUGACAGCAACUUUUAUCUGGCUUGUUUGUUACUCUUUGUACGAGUUUGGAUAUAAGCAUACUAUUAAGGUAUUUUCAAGUAAAGCUGUCUCUCUCUGUAUAUAUUUGAGUACUAAUAUUAGCUGACAUGUGGACCUCCUAUGUACAGCUGGAUCAGCCAUACAAAGCUGAAUGAUUCAAAGACAGUGAUAGCAUUGUAUGUUUUCCUCCAGUGAUCUGAUCUGCCAGUAACACACUCCCAAUGCUUCAGCUUUUCUCCCAUGCUCAGCAGCAGCCAUCACAGCAUGCUGCACUAGCUACAAGUCAACUCUUGCUUUGCACUGACAGAGAGAAUCUAGAUAUUUAACACUAUUUACAUAGAGUCUGUUCUUGCUGUAUUUUGUCUCUCUACAGGCUUAUCCAAGUAUAUGUGGGCUUGAUUGUUCUUUGAUAAACCAUACACAAGGAAGGGAUCUUCCUGGAACUGACAUCCAGCACUGUCACUUUAUUAAUUAGAAAUAUUAUCCUAGUAUUGCAAAGCAUCUACAGGUAUGCUAAACAUGUAACUACUGAAGUUAAACAUCCCACUAGACUGUCAACCCCUUGUGCUACAUUAAAAAAAAAUAGUUUUUAA